ACAACCGGAGAAUGGGUAAGAUCUCGCUGUACGGAUUGGACGCUAGUCCGCCCACUCGGGCUUGUCUGCUCACCCUGAAGGCCCUGGAUCUGCCCUAUGACUAUGUGUUUGUCAACCUGUUCGAGAAGGAGAAUUUCAGCGAGGAUUACUCGAAGAAGAAUCCGCAGCACACGGUGCCACUGCUGCAGGACGACGAUGCCUGCAUCUGGGAGUCGCAUGCCAUAAUGGCCUAUCUGGUGGAGAAGUAUGCGGCCAGCGAUGAGCUGUAUCCCAAGGAUCUGCUGCAGCGGGCCAAGGUCGAUCAGCUAAUGCACUUCGAGUCGGGCGUUGUUUUCGAGGGCGCUCUAAGGAGACUCACCCGUCCGGUGCUCUUCUGCGGCGAACCCACCCUGCCCCGGAAUCAGGUGGAUCACGUUAACCAGGUCUACGACUUUGUGGAGACCUUUCUCGAUGAUCACGAUUACUUGGCCGGUGACCAUUUAACAAUAGCCGACUUCAGCAUUGUCUCGACCAUCACCUCGAUUGGAGUUUUCCAAGAGCUGGAUCUGGCCAAGUAUCCCAAGAUUGCCGCCUGGCUGGAAAGGCUCAAAGAGCUGCCCUACUACGAGGAGGCCAACGGCAGCGGGGCCGCCCAGUUUGUGGAGCUCUUAAAGUCCAAGAACUUCACCGUAGUGCCUUAAGGGAAAGUCCUACUCUAAAAC